AUGACUCCGAGAUAUGUCGUGUCGAGCGACAACGAGAACUAUGCCGAGUCGUCGCCGGACCCGCUCGGUGCCUCGUUUGGCCAAGAUCAGACACGCGCGCCAUCGACCACACAACACCCUCUCACCACAACUUCUCCCAGCAAGCAGAAUCGCAGACCCAAGACCACCGGCCUCGAUAUUACCUCGCCCACCAAGCACGUCCUGUUGAGCACUCCGCGCACCGCCGGCCAGAGUCCGUGGCGCAUCAAGGUCACGGUCCAGGCAGAGCCGGGGAGCGACAGUGAGAACACGGAGUCGCCCAUUGUCAAGCACCUCACCCACACAAAGACCACAAAAGUCCCCCUCAAGGACCCCGACGCAUCGUCACCCGCCAAGCGUCGUGGACGACCCAGGAAAUCCGAGGCGCCGACAAAACGAAGCGGAACCCCCGUGAGACAGAAAGCUACGUCCAAAUCGCGCCGCACGAGCGUGGGCGACAACAGUUCAGCUGGCAUGGAAGCGGAUGGGACUCCAAAGAAGAGGAGGGGGCGUCCGCGGAAGGUCCAGCCGCCGGCAGAGGACGACAUCUGGGGUCAGGCUCGAAGGUCGAGCGUAGGCGCAGAUGCAAGUGCAGCCGAUGUAGAGACAGAUGCAACGCCCAAGAAGCGUAGAGGCCGCCCGCGAAAGAGCAUUCAGCUGCCACCACAGGAAGAAACCGUGUUGCACAUCGAGCAGUCCGCGCCACAAUGCUCUCCUCUUCCGGAUAGGGUUGAAUCAGAACUGCAUAUCGACACGGCACCAAGCCCCAGCAAAGGAGAUGAUAGUCAGCCAGAAAUGAAUUCAACCCCACAAGAGCGGAGAACACGCUUAAAGUCUACGUCCAUCCAGACGGGUCUAUCACGGAGACACAAAGCGCGCAAAAACACACCCAUGGCCAAAGACCAGAAAUUGAUCGAGAUCUCCUCCGAUGAAGAAUCAGAGGAACAUGGUGGUGGUGAUGGUGAAGUUGGAUUUUUCGAAAAGCAUUCAGCCGAAGAAGUCGUCGACGACCUCGAUGACUUCGAGCCUCUGCAGGAGUCUGCGUCCGGAACUCCAGAGGAUGAGGAAGAGCAGCAUGAGACCUAUUUUGCAUUCGAGGAAGGGGCUACGAGGAUGCCAUCUGAUACUACCAUCAUUGAUAGCGAGAACUUCAGUAUGAUCUCCGUGGACUCGUUACCCAGCUGCGCUUCUGUGGCACGGCCUGCGAACAGUGCAAUAGGAGGUAGUUGCAGUACGCACAAUCAAGAAUUGCCCCAGAAUCGUGUUUGUCUCGAUAUACCAUCAUCCAGUUCUUUUGGACCGGGGAGUGCAAAUGCAGGUCUCCCGUUAUCGCUAGGGCUUUCGCUUCCAAACCCACGAUUACCAGCAGCGGCACCUCGGUACAAGACGCCUUCGGUAGAGCCAAUUGAGCUCUCCAAACCACCACCAGUUGAAGUUGCACGAUUACCCCCAACCGAAGCUCAAACACCCAGAAUUGGAAGGGUCGUCAGGGCGGGCGUUGCUCUUCAAGGAUUGCUGGACCCGAACCGUAUCACCCCAGAAGCUGGACCUUCCAAGACUGUGGACGAACGCCGAGAUCACCUCGACGAUCUUUUCCGUGGCUUCAGUGAACGCACCAAGAGGGAACUACAUGCCGGACUGCGGCUUGGUGAGCAGCUAGCGAAACAGAGCCGAUCGAAUCAACCUCCAUUACCUGCCUUGUCCAGCCCCAUCAAGACGAUGAAUUCAGAUCUGCCCGCUGAACCCUGUGUUCCUUCAAACACUGUACCACAACAGUCUCGUUUGCUAACACCUGAGGGUCAAGACGGUGAUACCGCUACUAUUUCGCAACCGGUCGAAGUGCAAUACCCCGUCCUGCCGCACAGUGACCAAAGAUCGGGUCUACUCAGCCCCGUCAGUAACCCUGAGGAUAAUGAAGACGAAAUGAGUUGGAGGAUCGACACACCGCCCGUGCAACAUGUGAACAGGGCAGGUACACAGCUCUCUGCCCCGCAUCAAUCCCAUUUAUCUGCGCGCAUAGAUGUCCCAAACAUAUGGGAAGAAGAAGCUAGUCGACCAUCAGAUCGACUCGAAAGCGAUAAUACCAGUGCUCCAGGCAUUCAAGAUCUGUUAGCUCAAGAUGCGCCCGUCAAGCCAGCUCGUGGGAAGCUGCCGAGGGCGUGGAGAAGGAAAACCUCGGACGACUUUCAGUACAGUGACGGGGCCGAAGAGUCUCAGAUAGUAACGCCUCCAUCUGAGUCUGAUGAUUCACCAGCACGGGUUGUCGACAAGGGCAAAGGCAAGGCGAUGCAGCCUCCAGUCCCCACUAGGUCCGAAAACGAAAACGACGACGAGGAGGUGGAUAGCGAGGAAAGCGAUGAUACCGGAAUGUUUUUCCAAGCAAACAUCCCCAAUCUUUUCAAUAAACAGCACUCCAGCGAGUUCCGAAGAAGGCGAAAGCAGAAGCAAGAAGACAUCUCCUUGAACCUAGAUCAGAGCUUACUUCCAGAGUCAUCACCACCGCCAGUGGCAAGGACGCCAGCGAUGGAUAAACCGAACCCUUUCAUGGACACCCCGCCACAGCUCGCAGCCCUGCGUUCAUCUCCAGUGAAGAGUAGCCCUCUAAGGCAAGAACUACGAGGCUCCGAUAUAUCAUCAGAUCCCGCUCAGCAGACCUUUGAAGAGUCCACACUCCCACUGGCUCCUAGUUCUCCCUUCCACACCUAUGUUGAAGGCGACACUGGAUUUUCCAUGGCUUCAGAUCAGCGACAAUUACUACGAGAGAUGGCCCCCAUCGACUCGAGCUUACGCCGCAUCCGCGAUGAAGCGGACGAAUAUCUUGAUGCUUACGAGCCGCAAGAACGCAGCUUGCAUAAUCUCACCGAAAUUACUGAGCCGAGCAGAACCUGGAACAAAGACAACACGAUGCUGACCUCCAGCCCACCUAAGCAGAUGCAGCGUGCGCCCGGACCGUCUUUUGGCAAUGGAUUGGACAAAGCGAACAGCUCGUGCGCAUCAAGCAACCAGGACAAAGAAGAUACACAACAACAUACCGAUGUGUCUGAUAUCCUUACACGGUCUUGCUCACCCUCAAUGAGGAAAAGACUGCCUCCUCCCGCGCACCCUGCUCUAGCUAAGCUCGACUCACUGCCGCAUGUCGAACCAUGGACAAAAACACACUACAGGGCACUCGACAGGCUGUACCAGCUGUAUAAGAAAAGACCUGCCAUUUUCUCGACCAAAGAAGCGCCCAACGCUGCCCUCAACGCCACACUCCUGACUAGCUUUAUAAACGCAACAACCCACGAUUUCAUUGGGGCACGCUACCGCGCCUGGGGCUACAACGUCAUCUUCACCGACGCGCUUGUAGUGCUAUGCGCUACAUUCAUGCAGCUCCUCACUCUGGAUAGUAUAGAGGCGUAUGAGAAGAAAGCACGGAAGGAGAUACAAGUCGGAGAUUGCCAACCGGGUAUUGUUGGAAGUCCCAUACGUGUGGAGGGAGUGGUGGAGAGAUUGGCGACGAUAGUGUUAGGCGAAGCAGUAAGGAGGGACGAGAAGAAGGGCAAGGUAGUGGACAAGAGUGGACGAUUAAGGGUGGAAUGGUCGCAAUAA